CCAUUCUUUUAUAAAUUACUAACAUCGCAUCACCCUAAAGAAAAUAAGGAUAGAAGUGACCGACAGCAGAAACUGUUCUUUGAUGGAAAGAUAGCAGUAUGAUGGCGGCACGAUAUGUGCGAUACUUCAUAAUUCUUACAAUCUUGCUGGGAUCAUACAUCAUAGCGGCGGAUACGUGUGACGACGCAAACGGGGGCUGUUCACAAAUCUGCGACGAGACUGAGGGCGAGAUCGAGUGCUCCUGUCAUUUGCACGGGACCCUACAGGCCGACACGACCACGUGUGUCUGUGAUGAAGACUACUACGUAGACACCGAGGAUUUGUGGUGUCGCCACUGCAACUACAAUCAAUGGUCGCAGUGGUCGGAAGACUGUUCGGUGACCUGCGGCGUCGAGGGCGUGCGGCAGCGCACCCGUACCGUCUCUGCGGGCACCACCGAGGCCUGCACUGACACGCUACGAGAGAAGAUGUGUUAUAACGGAUCGUGCCGAGAAGGCGAGUCCAUCCAGUAUCCAUCCACCACGAUAUCAGCGGAUGGCACUAGCAGCACUGCCGAGCCCACAGCGACAGACACAGUGUCCACAGUGGUCUCGUCAAGUACCACUGCGACUUCGGCAACGCUGACCGCGACCGCUGCCGUAGCGUCAAACGCAUCAGCUUGCCCAGUAUGCGAUCUGCAUGCAAAUUGCAACACCACCACCAGCGCAUGCGAGUGCGACAUAGGCUACUACGGCACGGGUACCGAGUGCCAAGAGUGUACCGGCUGCAGUUCCGGCGAGUAUAUCCUCAGCCCCUGCAACACCACCGGCGCCACCACAGACUCUGUGUGUGCUCAGUGCAGCACCUCAUCCUGUCCCGAUGGCCAGUACCGGCCCAGCUGUACCGGGUUGGGGCUCGCAGAUUCCCAAUGCAUAGCCUGCGCCGCCUGCCCCACGAGCUCGUUCAACAGCGGCUGCGAUGCGGAUGCGAACAAUGGUCCCGGCGUGUGUGUGCUGUGCACCGAGUGCGACCCUUCGCAGUACGUGACGCGGAAUUGCACGGUGUCUGCCGAUGGCGAGUGCGCGUCAUGCCUGUCAGUACUCGCCGAGUGUCUGGAGUGUGACAGCGCCGACACAUGCACUAAGUGCUCGGCCAAUCACUUCAUCCAGGACGGUGGGUGCGAGGAUUGCCGGCGAGUGGUGCCGGCGGACUCGAACUGCGAUCUGUCGCACGAGGUGUUUUGUAACGGCACGGACGACUACAGCUGCACCACAUGUCUCAGCGGGUAUGGACACGCGGAUGGGGCAGCGCAAGGCAAAUGCGAUCAAGUGAACGCCUGCGAGGAGGAAGGUCUGGAAAAUUGCCAGAUUUGUGAGGAAGGAGCUUGCUUGGACUGCAAGGCGGGUUAUACGGACACGGCUACGAAAUGUCAAGAGAAAUGCGGUGGGACCAACUAUACUCGAGUCGAUAACUGCCUUCAGCAUAGAUGUGCUAUGGAAAUCAGAGGCUAUGGUCAACCGUCCUGUGCCAUGUGCCAGAAGGGGUACUAUCGGACGGUGGUACAAGGACUAUACGAAUGCACAGCCUGCAAGAACUGUACCGUUGGCGAGUACAAGGAUGCCGAAUGCUCUGGCCUGACUGAGGUCGAUGUGGUUAACUGCACCUCGUGCGCUCAGCAGAGUUGUUCGGAAGGCGAGCACAUCGCUGGGUGUCCGGGUGAUGGCGUUGUGGACAAUAGUCAGUGCCUGCCUUGUCUGGAAGGAUGCCAGACGUUGCAAUCUCUCGUGGGCGUCUGUAAUGGCUCGUCGCACGUCGACACUUCGGCAUGCGUCGCUGUGGAUGCGGUUUCCUAUCUGUCAGUGCCGUGCUCGGAAUACGUGACAAAUAAAGAGGAAUUCGAUCAGAGGUUUGCUGCGGCGUUUGAAGCCCAGAACUACAAUACGUUGCAGGUGGUGGGCGAUACAUGCGAUACCUCCAGGCGGCGACAGGCAGAUUCCGGGACUGGGCUGAAGAUGACGGGUUCAAACGACGAUGUCGCAAAUUACAUAGCGGAUGUGGCGGUCAAAGCACCGUAUACCAUCGAACUGGGCGUAGUCGGGGUCAUGACGUCUUCGGGAGAGAUUGUAUAUCCUGGGUCGGUCCUUCCCCCCGAACCUGGAGAAAGCACAGGGACUUCCGAUGGUGACGGGGACGACGGAGGCUUAGGCCAAGAAGACGUCAUCGCCUUGAGUGUGUCCCUGUCAGUAGCGGCGUUGAUCAUCGUUGUGGCCAUCGUUGUGAUAUUUCGUAAACGAAUCAAGACCAGCCGUAACAGCGCUCAGGAUUCGAGUGAUGAGGAAAUUGAAGACUUCCGGUACAGUUUGCAACAUCUCAACAAGAGUGCGUCCUUCACACACCCGCCUGUCCCCACUACAGUCAGCAUUAAGGCUGGGGCCUCUUUGCGAGAUACGUUUCAUAGUAGAAACGGGUCCGUGUCGGACAAAUCGGACAUGCUCUCCGGCUCGCGUGGCACAGGGGAGGACGGCAGUAAACUCCUGCAAUUCGGCGCACACGUUGUCGCACUCCAAGAAGCCCAGCAGAACUCGCUGCCGCCGUCGAGUGUUCGAGAGGUGGCCGUGAGUGCUGGGAUGGAUCCGCAGGGGAUUGCGGUGAUCCAACUGAUAGGCGCGGGUUCGUUCUCCACGGCCGUGUACGAGGGUAUGCUCUACAGGCCUACGAUGGUGCGCCCGUACCAACCCAUUGCGAUCACACAGCUCUACCGGGGCCUUGCCAGCAGCGCAACCAAGGAAGAUGAGGAGCGUGUGAGGCGGGAUAUUAACGAUAUCACGGCAGUGCUUGGGAUCGCCCAUCCGUGCUGUGUGCGAGUGGUUGGUCUCUUUUAUGGAGCGUUGGGGGCCUGCGUGGUGUCAGAGCUCAUGUUGGGCAGUAUCCAUUACGUCCUGUGUAACAGAGAGGAAUACGACACACCCACCAGCGUAAGCGAACGGGCGUGGAUGUCCUUCCAGGUCUCACGGGGAAUGCUCUUUCUGGCCCAAAAUAAUAUUGUGCACAAACAUCUUCGCGCGUCGAAUUGCUUGCUCACCCAUCCGGAUAGCACUUCUCACGGUCACCCGGUAGUGAAGAUAACCAAUUACGGCUUAACUGCACCAAUCCUAGAUUAUUCUGUUUCAGAUGGCAGCCCAAUCCGAUGGUAUGCACCGGAACUGUGCGAGACGGAGAAUGCCACAGCCACAAAAGCAAGCGACAUGUGGGCGUUUGGUGUGACCAUGUGGGAGAUAUAUGGAGAGGGCUCCCAGCCAUACCCAGAGAUGCGUCAAAGGAUGCGAUUCAGAGAGGAUAUGUCAGCGUAUCUGAAUGCUGGCAACAGACUGGCGUCUCCACAUGGCUGCCCCGAGGCUGCGUUUAAAGCUAUGGAGUCGUGUUGGCAUGAAGAUCCGAGUGCUCGACCAAGCUUCCAGCAGAUGGCCACAACGACCGGUCAGAUAUUCUCUGAACACUGUGACAGCGAAGUUCAUGUAGAGAAAUUCGAUGGCGAGGUGCGACUGUUCCCUGGGCCUCCGCGGAACGAGCCAAUUCCCAUUGAAGACGACGGCAAGUACGAGAACCGGGAAAUAAUGUAUGCGAAUCAGAAGGAUGUGCAGAGUGGGAGUGGAAUCGAUUAUUUGAAAGAGGAUGAGUGAAGAGACGCACGGAGUUGAACUCCAACUUUCAUCUCAUAUUAAGGAGAAUCAGCCAGAUGCUUGUUGGGGCGUGGCGGAUAGGGCUAUGGGCGGAUAUACAUAAUUAUAUCGGACAACAAAUUUGGCUGAGGUCUGGACUGGUAGGCAAAACGUUAUGAGAAAAAUAAUAAUACACAGGUUGAUAUCAGGUUGGUAGAUAUGUAGUUAGUUUUCGAUAUAAGAGGCACAGACAAAAGUCUCGCUGAAGAUCUGACGAAAAGGAAAGAUUAGUAACUAGGCAAUGUUUGCAGAGCACGUCAACGUCAGGUGGGAAGGAAAAUCAUAUAAAGAACUAGAUUAUUAAUUCCUAUAUGUG